CGGCACGGGUGGCGACGGCGGCAGCGCCUGCGAGAGAGGGCGGGCCCGGGUCAGCUGCUGCAGGCGGGCCGGCGCGUCUCUUGCCGCCGCCCUCCUUCCGCCACGAUGCCGGGGAUCGACAAGCUGCCCAUCGAGGAGACGCUGGAGGACAGCCCGCAGACAAGGUCUUUACUGGGUGUAUUUGAAGAAGAUGCUACAGCUAUUUCCAAUUAUAUGAACCAGUUGUAUCAAGCUAUGCAUCGGAUUUAUGAUGCACAGAAUGAAUUAAGUGCAGCAACACACCUGACUUCAAAACUUUUAAAAGAAUAUGAAAAACAGCGUUUUCCAUUGGGGGGUGAUGAUGAAGUUAUGAGCUCUACUUUGCAACAGUUUUCAAAAGUUAUAGAUGAGCUUAGCUCUUGUCAUGCGGUACUUUCGACGCAGCUUGCUGAUGCCAUGAUGUUCCCCAUUACCCAGUUUAAAGAAAGAGAUCUGAAAGAGAUAUUGACAUUAAAGGAAGUGUUUCAGAUUGCUAGUAAUGAUCAUGAUGCUGCAAUUAACAGAUACAGCCGAUUAUCAAAAAAAAGAGAAAAUGACAAGGUGAAGUAUGAAGUAAUAGAAGAUGUCUACACUUCCAGAAAAAAACAACACCAGACCAUGAUGCAUUAUUUUUGUGCAUUAAAUACUCUUCAGUACAAAAAGAAAAUAGCGUUGUUAGAACCUCUACUUGGGUACAUGCAAGCUCAGAUAAGUUUCUUUAAGAUGGGUUCUGAAAAUCUCAGUGAACAACUGGAAGAAUUCUUAACUAAUAUUGGAACAAGCGUACAGAAUGUUCGCAGGGAGAUGGACAGUGAUGUCGAGACCAUGCAGCAGACAAUAGAGGAUUUGGAAGUAGCCAGUGACCCUUUAUAUGUGCCUGACCCAGAUCCCAUGAAAUUUCCUGUUAAUCGAAACUUAACCCGAAAGGCUGGAUACCUUAAUGCUAGGAAUAAAACAGGCUUGGUGUCAUCUACCUGGGACAGACAGUUUUACUUCACGCAGGGUGGAAACUUAAUGAGUCAGGCCCGUGGGGACGUAGCGGGAGGCCUGGCCAUGGACAUAGACAACUGUUCAGUAAUGGCUGUGGACUGCGAAGACAGGCGAUACUGUUUUCAGAUCACCUCUUUUGAUGGAAAAAAAUCUUCAAUUUUGCAAGCAGAAAGUAAAAAAGACCAUGAAGAGUGGAUCUGUACAAUAAACAACAUAUCUAAACAAAUAUAUUUAAGUGAAAAUCCAGAGGAAAUUGCUGCACGAGUAAAUCAGUCAGCUUUGGAAGCUGUCACUCCUUCCCCAUCUUUCCAGCAGAGGCACGAGAGCCUGCGGCCAGCAGGACAAUCUUGGCCACCGACAGCUCGAACCAGCAGUUCGGGAUCCUUAGGAUCUGAGUCCACAAGUUUGGCUGCCCUUUCUCUAGAUUCUCUUGUCGCCCCAGACACCCCAAUACAGUUUGACAUCAUUUCUCCCGUGUGUGAAGAUCAGCCUGGCCAGGCAAAAGCCUCUAGUCAGGGAAACAGGCGUACAAAUCCAUUUGGAGAAUCUGGAGGAGGUACAAAAUCUGAAACUGAAGAUUCUAUUCUUCAUCAGUUGUUUAUUGUCCGAUUCCUUGGUUCUAUGGAGGUGAAAUCAGACGACAAUCCAGAUGUUGUUUAUGAAACAAUGCGCCAAAUCUUAGCUGCCCGUGCCAUCCAUAACAUCUUUCGUAUGACAGAAUCACAUUUAUUAGUCACUUGUGAUUGUUUAAAGUUAAUUGAUCCACAAACACAAGUUACAAGGCUCACGUUUCCAUUACCAAGUGUAGUUUUGUAUGCUACACACCAGGAAAAUAAGAGGCUUUUUGGAUUUGUUCUUCGGACAUCAGGAGGGAGAAGUGAAAGUAAUCUAUCAUCAGUCUGUUAUAUAUUUGAAUCAAACAAUGAGGGAGAAAAGAUUUGUGAUUCUGUUGGACUGGCAAAACAGAUAGCUUUGCAUGCAGAACUGGAUCGUAGGGCAUCAGAAAAACAAAAAGAAAUAGAGAGAGUAAAAGAGAAGCAACAGAAAGAACUCAGUAAACAAAAACAGAUUGAAAAGGACUUAGAAGAACAGAGUCGGUUGAUAGCUGCUUCCAGUAGACCAAACCAAGCCAGUAGCGAGGGGCAGUUUGUUGUCCUUAGCAGCAGCCAGUCAGAAGAGAGUGAUUUGGGAGAAGAAGGAAAGAAGAGAGAGUCAGAAGCAUAAACUUAUCCUUGAUUUUGGUUGAUAUAUCCCCCCUUGGAAUUUAUUGAUAAUUUCUGUGAUGAAAUGGCACAAGGUAACAACUAUGUUGAAAUAUCAAGGAGGAGACUAAAGUUUAUAUUGCCUUGUUUAACUUCAUUUUUUAAAAUGAUUGACCUGAAUGACUUAGGUUUGCAUUGAUUUUUCUUUCCUUCACAAUAAAAUCCUAUGCAGUAACAUCAGAUUGCACGUGUCUAAAAGCAACCUGUUCCUCUCCCUGAAGUCGGUCGCUGAGGAACUGCGCUUGCUUCAUUAAGCCUUGUGCCUUCACAUUGUGAAUUGUCUUUCAUUGUGAUCGACUGUGACCGUAGGGAGUCAUUUAUUCUUCAUUAAGCCUUGUGCCUUCACAUUGUGAAUUGUCUUUCAUUGUAAUCGACUGUGACCGUAGGGAGUCAUUUAUUCUUCAUUAAGCCUUGUGCCUUCACAUUGUGAAUUGUCUUUCAUUGUAAUCGACUGUGACCGUAGGGAAUCAUUUAUUCUUCAGCUUUCGACAUUCAUGGAUAUGCUCCCUCUAUUUUAUUCGGAACAUUUUGCUGGCACUGAGGAAGCUUGCGACUGAAUAGGUUCAAAACUCUUUAUGUGGAGAAUUGUAUAAGUUUGCAUAUAUUUUAACAAUAUAAAAUGUGCAAUAGAACUUUUAUAAAAUAAUUAGGACAGAGGUUUUAGACUUCAAAUUGUGGCAGACGGUACUGUUGAUUUCAGGGCACUUUCUUGCAUUGCUACGUUUCCCUGAUGUACUACUCCUGAUGCCAAGGAAAGAAGUUUACGUGUCUUCAGUUCAAGAUUGAUAGAGCCCUUGGCAUUUUAUUAUCACAUUCUUAGUUCUCAGGUUGGGACUUGAAUUAUUGCUGCAGAGCAGUAAUGGUUAAAAGAAGAUUUUGGAAUUUAUUAAAAGGAUUUUUGUUUGUUUUAGAUUAGGACUUAACGUGUAAAGAUAUUGAUACAAAAUAAUACACCAUAUUUUCUGCAUUGCGUGAAAUAAUUUUUAUUGAAAAACACGUGAUAUUUCAAAAGAAGUUCUAUAACAAGUAUGUUUCCUGCUUAAAGUAAAAAUUCCCAGAGUUUAGUUUAGAAAAUGUAGUCUUUUAAAUUUCAGACUAAUAUCCACAGUAUUUUCAUAAUCCCGUGUUUUGAUAAAAUGCUCAUCACCACUUUAUAUCCACGAAGGCAAAUAACUAAUAUAUGAGAAUAAUUUGCACUAAUUAUUGUAAAUACUUGUACUCUUCAAAUGAGUAAAAGGUCUGAUUCCAUGAAAGGUUGAAAAGAAAUUGAAUGCUUGGUGUAGGAGAGUUAACCAAGGAAGGAUUUUAGCCUGGUGCCAAGGUUAAAAUGACAUUUCUCUACUGCCUACUUCUAUGUCAAAACUUGAUUUUUUUUUUCUUUACUUGGAUUUUUAACAUUGCCGAUAGAAAUUAUGUUCUUAUGUUUCGCAUGUAAAAGUAUAUUAUAGACAAGUUAAAUAUAUUGAAUAAACUAUUUUACAUAGUCAUGGAUUUAAAGUUUUCAAGAGAUUAGUGACUAAGACUAAUUUUACAAGGGAAAAAAAGCCUUUUGUUCUUUGAUAUAUAGUUUCUUCUUCUUAGUUCUGAGUAGAAAUGGCAUCUGUUUUUUUCUCACAAUAUAGUUUGGCUGUUUCACACUGUAUAUACACUAUUUUCUGUAGGAAUGGGAUAGAUAAUUAUAUAUAGGAUCAUGAUAUUCAUUUUAUCCAUGUGCCAAAUGGGAAUAAUGAUUACUUGAUAAUCGUUAUUUUGAAGCCCUGUGUUACCAAAACAUUUAGUAAAAAGGGAGAAAUUUAUGGAAUACUUUUUCUAAAAAGUUUAUUUUUUGCUUACUAAAGGGAAUGCAUUCACAGUAGUUUGUGUAUCAUUCCUUCUGUAGAAGUUGAAAUUUCUUCUGUGGUCAACACCUGAUUAGUCAUGGCAAGUCCUGCUUUUAAGACCUUUUUGAGAAUUAGUUAAGCUUUCUGUUUCAUUAAGUCUUUUGUUUAUACUAGUGAGUUGUCACCUUGCUUAGUUCAGAUGAAACUUGUCACCCAACAAGGGUGGUCAGCAUGAGGAGGCAGUUUUACUAGGCUGGUGCUUUGCCUGGUAGCAAAGUGCUGCCCUUUGUUAGCACUCUGGGUCAAAGUGGAGGCUAGAGUUAAGGGUACUGGCAAACUUAGGGAUUCUGGACAGAUUUGUAGUUGCUGUUAAGUCAUGUUUGAUAGGAAUCUCCACAGUAACACACUCAUGUCCACAGGCCAGACCAAAGCGCAUUCCAGCACCAAAUAGGAGUUGUGUAUGGGUUUAACAAUGUUCGAUGAUGUAACUUCUGUUCCAUUACUAUCGUACUAUAUGAACUAUUCCAUUACUGCAGAUAUUUAAGCAUCAACUUUAAUAAACUCUCUUUUUUAUUUAGGGAAGAAGCUGAUCUUUGUUGCUCUUUGAAACCCCUUCUAGCUCUGGAAUGCUUGAGUGGUAAUUGUUAGAUUUUGGAAUACCUUUCUCAGAUUCAGUCUUACAUUUUGUGGUUUUUAGAGAUUAACAAAGCUGAUUCUUUAAAAUGAAAGAAGUUGUCUACCUAAUUCUGCUAGGCACUCUGCUACCCAUAUGAAUAGUACUUUUAUAAUUCUAGUAGUGAAGUAAAUAGGUAGGAAACCUAUUAUUCCUUCUCCCUUUUAAUAUUUUGAAAACUUUCUAACAAGGGACUGAAACUGUUACCUUGUGCAGAAUCCUCAAAGCCAGUCUAGUUUUUGCCAUGUCUACAAUGAUUACUUUGUGUUUAAUUUCAAAAGAAUUCUCAGGCUCCACAAUCUAGGGGUGGUAAAUUUGUGUUACCUUUAUGCUUGAGAAAAAGAUAGUAGGGUGUGCAUAACAUUCUACAUAACAUAUCUUAUGUGGUAGAGGCAUCUGAGUUAAUUUUGAGUUAUAUAUAGGAACUACAAGUAUUUUAGAUUUAAAUCUUAUAUAAAUAAUGCUUCAGGUCCUAAGAGCUUGUGUGUUACAAAACCUUCUGCCAGUUGACUUAAUAAAGUGAAAAUAUUAACAUUGGUUUUGACAACAACCUCCUAGCAUUCAAACUGUACUUUAAAUAUUAAAACACACUGAUUGUAGCAAGCAACCCUUUCAUUUUAUCUUUAGCAAGUUUGACUUACUUUUUCAUGAGAUUUUGUUCUACAUUAAUUAAUUAAUACAUAAAGAUUUGAAACUGGAACUAUACUUUUUAACCAAUCUCUUGUGGCUAUACUCCUAUGUAAUUAACUUCAGUUAAUAUGAGAACUGGGGAUUAAGUUAUAACUAAUGUGCGAAACUGCUUUGUAUAUUUAGUGAUUUUGUAAUGUAAGUGAAUUGGUUAAUUCUUCUUUCACUGAUACUAUUAAUCAUGCAGUAUAAAAUUAAAGAUCAUGCUACAUUUCCCUUUAGAAUUGGAUUUGAAGAGCUCGACUUUAUGUAAUGGUGGCAUACAUGUGGAGUGGAGAACUUAUUUUUUCAUUUUGUCAAAAUAGGUAUUCCCUGACAUGGCUUCAGGAAAUAUGCUGUUAGGAGAUUUUUAAUGUAUAAUAAAGUUCAUAAUUUUUGUACAGUC